AGAGCGGCCGGAAGUGAGUCUAGCAGGAGUUGUGCUGGCUGUGCUGGCGUUGUGUCGCCUCUGUUUCCCCCCGUGGUAUUUCCUUCUAGGCAUCGGGAAAGACCAGGCCCCAGAUGGACCCUGGGAAGGACGAGGAAAGUCGGCCACAGCCCUCAGGACCACCCACCAGGAGGAAGUUUGUUAUCCCACUGGAGGAAGAAGAGGUGCCCUGUGCAGGGGUCAAGCCCUUAUUCAGAUCGUCACGGAAUCCCACCAUCCCAGCAACCUCAGCCCACGUGGCCCCUCAGACGUAUGCUGAGUACGCCAUCACCCAGCCUCCAGGAGGGGCUGGGGCCACAGUGCCCACAGGCUCUGAACCUGCGGCAGGAGAGAACCCCAGCCAGACCCUGAAAACAGGAGCAAAGUCUAAUAGCAUCAUCGUGAGCCCGAGGCAGAGGGGCAACCCCGUGUUGAAGUUUGUGCGCAAUGUGCCCUGGGAAUUCGGUGAGGUGAUUCCCGAUUAUGUGCUGGGCCAGAGCACCUGCGCCCUUUUCCUCAGCCUCCGCUACCACAACCUCCAUCCAGACUACAUCCAUGAACGGCUGCAGAGCCUGGGGAAGAACUUCGCCCUUCGUGUGCUGCUGGUUCAAGUGGAUGUGAAAGAUCCCCAGCAGGCUCUCAAGGAGCUGGCUAAGAUGUGCAUCUUGGCUGACUGCACCCUGGUCCUGGCCUGGAGUGCAGAGGAAGCAGGGCGGUACCUGGAGACCUACAAGGCGUAUGAGCAGAAGCCAGCCGACCUCCUUAUGGAAAAGCUGGAGCAGAACUUCCUAUCACGGGUAUCACUGUGCCUCUUGUCCUCCUGUACCUCCUGAUCCUGCAAUGGCUUCUGGGUUGAGCUUGGGCCUUUCCACAGCAAGUCCACCCUUCCCUGUCCCGUCCUCCCUCAUCCCCUCCCAACAGCAUUAAGGGUCUUUUAAGUACAAAACAGACCCUGCCUCCCUUAGCUCUGACCCCCUAGUCUGCCCUCAGCAUCUGUGUUCCUGUCAUCUCUGCUGGAAUCCAUGUUUCCCAUGCCAGCUCUGAGGCCUCCCCCUCCAGGAAGCCCUCUGUGAUCCCCUCAGCUAAGUAGCCCAGAGUGCCAUCCUGAUCCUGCUGUGACCAUAGUACCCAGCACCACUCAGUGGCCACUUUUGGAUGUUUUGAUAUUAUUUUGUAAAUGAACUAAUGCUUUUCGGCAGUAAA